CUUAUGAUGGAACGAACAAUGGGCAACUACUAGCUGCAAUUACUGUAUGUCUGUCCCUAGUCCUGCUUUUCACAUAUCCACCUCUGUUCCAGCUGGUUUUAGAGUUGUGUUGCAGUGCGGGCACAGCUGACCUGCUGACCAUCCAGGCCCACCUGGACAUAAUCCACACAUUGACAGAAAAGUCUUUACACAAAGAGGUGGUGUUCCCAGUCCACUAUGGCCCUCGGUAUGACACAGCGCUGCAGACACUGGUGUGGGAGUUCCUCUCCAGACUGGAGGAGCUGCUGCCUGUACCAGACCUCACGCAGACAACAGCAUGGCUCUGUGCUGCCCCCUCUGUCCUGGAGGGAUGUGGACAGACUGUCUUUGACCCUGAACAACUGAAGACAGUGCUGCAGCACCAUCAGCGUCAUGGAAACCUGAACAAGUGUCAUGUCUCUAAAUACACUGCAGAUACCAUCCUGUCCACACUGUCCCUCCCUCCAAAAAUGAGAGUUGUUAUUAACUAUGAGCCAGACAACUCUGACAAUGGGAGGCAAUACUCAGAUGAAGAUGAAUGCAUAGAUAAUGGGGUCUGUAAAAAUGAAGACCACAAUGAAAUCCUGGAUGAAAGCGCUCAUAGAUGUUUGGAGGAUCUAGGACUGUCAACAUCAGAGGAACAGGAACAGGAGGGUCUGUCACCUGCAGAGACUUCAGUGUUGGUUACUCCAGUACCCUGUGAUGAAUUGAACUUGGAUCGUUCUCUCAACGUAAUGGUGAAUGCUGACGAGCCAUCCCAGGUUCUAACCUGCACUGGCCAACCUCUGCAAGGACAUCAAGACGACCAAGUAGAAAAGGACAGCAAGCAGGUUGACAAGAAAGAAGAGGUGGUCAGAAAGGGAGACAAAAAGAAUGAGAUCAAAAAGGUUGACAAGAAACAAGAGGGAUCCCCUGCACCCCAAAACAGGACUCAUACAUGUGAGUGUGGGAAGGUUUUCAAAAAACCAUCACUGCUGACGCUGCAUAUGGGAGUUCACACGAUGCCAUAUCAUUGUGACCAGUGUCCCAAACAAUAUGCUACUCCUGGGGCUCUGAAAAAACUCCAGUUACUUCACACAGAAGAAAGACCAUUUGCAUGUGAACGCUGUGACCGGAGGUACAGGAGUGAUAUGAUCUCAAAGUGCACGUACGCAUUCACUCUGGGGAGUGCCGUCACAUGUGUACUAUCUGUGGUAAGAGGUUUACCCAGCAGUGUGCACUAGUGAGACACAUGUGAAUGCAUGCUGGGGAGAAUAAUUAUUUAUGUAGCAAAUGUGGUAAGGCAUUCCUUACCUUAGGAGAACUGCGGCUGCAUACACGAACGCACACAGGAGAAAACCCCCACACCUGUAAACAUUGUGGAAAGGGUUUCAAAGCAUCUUGCCAUCUAAUGGUUCAUCUGUGAUCUCACACAGGUGAGUGUCCUUACAUCUGCACCCAAUCCAAAUCUUUCACUACUUCAGACGCUCUUAGAAAGCACAUAUAUACUCACACUGGGGAGAAACCUCACCAGUGCUCAGAGUGUGGGAAAACAUUUACUCAAAGGGGUAAUAUGGUAAAUCAUAUGAGAAGAGUUUAAACCGGUUAAGAUUCUCCAAAAGCACUCCAACAGAAAGAAACGCAGAACGUUUAUUUCAAACUCAAAGCAUUUUUACAAGACUAUGUAAUAGGUAAUUCCAAUCGAAAUAUUGAUUGGAAUUAUUGAGACAAGAAAUUCCAUGUAUAAUCCUGUUUUAAAUACAUGGUUUUACAGGUCCUCUUUUGUAUAUCAGAUUAUCAUAUCAAAACAUGUUUUCCAUUAAACUUCAAAUCAAGGUUUGUCACAUCUACACAUGAUAUUCACACUGCAAAUAAUGAUUAGAAGUGGGAUGAUGAUGACAUUUACACAAUUUAAACUGUUUGACCAACCAGAUUCCUUAACACUUGUAAGAUAUGCAUAUACAAAGUGUCCCGACUACCUCCAGAGGUCUUCAGGAAGAUUUGAUCACACUCAGUUCACUAUGCGUCAAUUGAAUUGGCUACAUGAGUUUAUUUCCAAAAUGCUAUAUCCACCAAUUUUUCACAUUGGUAUUUUUUCACCUGAAAUUAUUGCUUGUGGGUACCUUCAUGCUUGUGUCAAAUAUAACUGUUCUCAUAUUAUUCAUAGAUUUUAGAUGUAUAUUAAAACUAUAUAUUUUUUAAUGCCAAACACUAUACAGUUGAAGUAGGAAGCUUACAUACACUUAGGUUGGAGUCAUUAAAACUCGUUUUUCAACUACUCCACAAAUUUCUUGUUAACAAACUAUAGUUUUGGCAAGUCGGUUAGGACAUCUACUUUUUGCAUGACACAAGUAAUUUUUCCAACAAUUGUUUGCAGACAGAUUAUUUCACUUACAAUUCACUGUAUCACAAUUCCAGUGGUUCAGAAGUUUACAUACACUAAGUUGACUGUGCCUUUAAACAGCUUAGAAAAUUCCAGAAAUUUCUGUUAUGGCUUUAGAAGCUUCUGAUAGGCUAAUUGACAUAAUUUGAGUCAAUUGGAGGUGUACCUGUGGAUGUAUUUCAAGGCCUACCUUCAAACUCAGUGCUUGACAUCAUGGGAAAAUCAAAAGAAAUCAGCCAAGACCUCAGAAAAUAAUUGUAGACCUCCACAAGUCUGGUUCAUCCUUGGAAGCAAUUUCCAAACGCCAGAAGGUACCACGUUCAUCUGUACAAACAAUAGUACUCAAGUAUAACCACCAUGGAACCACGCAGCCGUCAUACCGCUCAGGAAGGAGACGCGUUCUGUCUCCUAGAGAUGAAUGUACUUUGGUGCGAAAAGUGCAAAUCAAUCCCAGAACAACAGCAAAGGACCUUGUGAAGAUGCUGGAGGAAACAGGUACAAAAGUAUCUAUAUCCACAGUAAAACAAGUCCUAUAUCGACAUAAGCUGAAAGGCAACUCAGCAAGGAAGAAGCCACUGCUCCAAAACCGCCAUAAAAAAGCCAGACUACGGUUUGCAACUGCACAUGGUGACAAAGAUCGUACGUUUUGGAGAAAUGUCUUCUGGUCUGAUGAAACAAAAAUAGAACUGUUUGGCCAUAAUGACCAUCGUUAUGUUUGGAGGAAUAAGGUGGAGGCUUGCAAGCCAAAGAACACCAUCCAAACCGUGAAGCAUGGGGGUGGCAGCAUCAUGUUGUGGGGGUGCUUUGCUUCAGGAGGGACUGGUGCACUUCACAAAAUAGAUGGCAUCAAUGAGGAGGGAAAAUUUAUGUGGAUAUAUUGAAGGAACAUCUCAAGACAUUUGUCAGAAAGUUAAUUAGGGGUGCAGCCCGACACCGGUACACUUAUGACAACAUCCAGCUCAAGUGCAGGGCGCGAAAUUAAAAAGAUAUAUUUUUUAAAUAUUUAACUUUCACACAUUAACAAGUCCAAGACACCAGAUGAAAGGUGCACAUCUUGUGAAUCAAGCCAACAUGUCCGAUUUUUAAAAUGUUUUACAGGGAAGACACAAUAUGUAAAUCUAUUAGCUAAUCACGUUAGCAAAAGAUACCACUUUUCUUACUCCAUCAGUUUCUUACUCCAUCAGGUGCUAUCACAAAUUCGACCAAAUAAAGAUAUAAAUAGCCACUAACCAAGAAACAAAUUCAUCAGAUGACAGUCUGAUAACAUAUUUAUUGUAUAGCAUAUGUUUUGUUCGAAAAAUGUGCAUAUUUCAGGUAUAAACCAUAGUUUACAUUUCAGCUACAAUCAGAAAUUGCACCGAAAGCAGCCAUAAUAUUUACAGACACCAACGUCAAAUAGCUAAUUACUCAUCAUAAAACAUUUCUGAAAAAUACAUAGUGUGCAGCAAUUGAAAGACAGGCAUCUUGUGAUUCCAAACAAUAUUUCCGAUUUAUUAAAUGUUUUACAGCGAAAACAAAAUGUAGCGCUAUAUUUGCGUAGCCACAAUAGCCAGAUACACUUGGGCGCCCACGACCAAUUCACAUGCACGACAGAUAUAUGAAAUAACAUCAUAAAUUGGUUCUUACUUUUGCUGAUCUUUCAUCAGAAUGUUGAACAAGGUGUCCUCUGUCCAGAUGAGUCGUUGUUUGGAUUCAGAAUGGCAAAUUUCCCUCUUCACUUAGCAUUGGCACUAGCCGAGUGGCACAAAUCUCUCCGACGUAAACACAGUCAGAGGACGGAACACGGCAAAACUCCCGAAAAAAAUUCAAUAAUCUGAUUAAACUAUAUUGAAAAAACAUACAUUACGAUGAUAUGUUCACAUGUAUCAAAAAAAUUCCGAGCCGGGGAUAGUUGUCGUCUAUUACGGAAGCAAAACAGAAGGCAAUGGCACUUCCUUGUCGUGCGUUUCAGAGUACCGGAAGUGGACGGUCACGGCAUACAAAGAGCUUUUAUUCCACCCCAGACCAAGAUGAACACAACAUUUCUUCUCUCACAUCCUCUUGACACCAAGAGGAAGGCGUAUGGAGUGUAAGUAGACUCCUAAGUGUCAUGACCAUGUAUAGGCAUCAAGUUGAACAGAACACAUAUUUCUGACAUUUCACUUCCUGGUCUGUGAAAGUGCUGCCAAAUGAAUUCUGUUUCACUCAGAGAAAUAAUUCCAACGGUUUUAGAAACUAGAGAGUGUUUUCUAUCCAAUAUUAAUAAUAAUAUCCAUAUUGUACGAGCAAGAAUUGAGUAGGAGGCCGUUUGAAAUGGGCACGAUUUCACUGGCUACUCAACACUUUCCCUUGCAGCCAUAAGUUAAAGCUUGGUUGCAAAUGGGUCUUCCAAAUGGACAAUGACCCCAAGCAUACUUCCAAAGUUGAGGCAAAAUGGCUUAAGGACAACAAAGUCAAGGUAUUGGAGUGGCCAUCACAAAGCCCUGAUCUCAAUCCUGUAGAAAAUUUGUGGUCAGAACUGAAAAAGUGUGUGCCAUCAAGGAGGCCUACAAACCUGACUCAGUUACACAAGCUCUGUCAGGAGGAAUGGGCCAAAAUUCACCCAACUUAUUGUGGGAAGCUUGUGGAAGGCUACCUGAAAGGUUUGUCCUAAGUUUUACAAUUUAAAGGCAGUGCUACCAAAUACUAAUUGAGUUUAUGUAAACUUCUAACCCACUAGGAAUGAGAUGAAAGAAAUAACAGCUUAAAUAAAUAAUUCUCUCUACUAUUAUUCUGACAUUUCACAUUCUUAAAAUAAAGUGGUGAUCCUAACUGACAUAAAACAGGAAAUUUUUACUUGGAUUAAAUGUCAGGAAUUUUGAAAAACUGAGUUUAAAUUAAUUUGGCUAAGGUGUAUCAUUGUUUAGCUGAAAUGUAAUGUUUGAAUACGGUAUUUGACUGUGAUAUGUCGUGGUUGUCUCACCUAGCCAUCUUAAUCAGGACACUUUAAAACCUCUACAGGACAGUUGUUGCUCAAUAUGCGAUAAUGUAACGAGAAUGACGUUGUAAACAACAGCCAACUUUCCAAAACAUAGACAUGUCUUAUAUGGGCAGAAAGCUUACAUUCAUGUUAAUCUAAAUGCAGUGUCCAAUUUACAGUAGCUAUUACAACAACAACAAAAAAACAUGAAAUUGUUUGAGGAUAGUACACAACAACAAAACACUUAUCACGGCAACUGGUUUGAUACAUUCACCUCUGAAGGUAAAGAAUGUACUUACAUUCAGUAAUCUUGCUCUGAUUUGUCAUCCUGAGGGUCCCAGAGAUAUAAUGUAGCAUAAUUUUGUUUAAUAAAAUCAAUUUUAUAUUCAAAUGUAGGAACUGGGUUUUACAGUUUGACCCCACUGCUGUCUCUGGCUCCACACCCACCCUUCCCGGCCAUCUAUAUGUGUGAAGGUUAGUGUAUUUUCUGUAGGGAAGCUAAUACUCCAUUUGUGACAUUCCUGGGAGUGUGUAAACUUAAAUGUUUUAUUACCAUAGCAUUUCUGUAUGUUCUCUAUAGGUAUGUACUUGAAAAUGUAUAAAUUGACCAAUUCGGCACAUUUGGGAAAACUGGCAGACUUGAUACAAAAUAUCUGUAGCGAUGUAAUUCUUCAAUGGAUCAGUUUGAAACUUUGCACACACACUGCUGUCAUCUUGUGGACAACAUCUAAAUUACACCUAGAAUCCUAUCAAUGUAUGGCCAAUCUCUUGCAUUUCAAAGAUGAUGAAAAAAUAAAUAAAACGCAUGUUUAUUUUUUGUAUUUGUAUUCAUUUCACAUUUCCACAAACUUCAAAGUGUUUCCCUUUCAAAUGGUAUCAAUAAUAUGCAUAUCCUUGCU